AUGAAUGUGUCCAACAACUGCAGCACCACAAAUCUAGAACUGCAUUGCCACAUUCGCCUCAUUGAGUUUGCUCUCUAUAGCCUCAUUUUCUUUUUUGGAGCACUAUUUAAUGUUCUUGCCUUCUGGGUAUUCUCCUGCAAGAUGAAGAAGUGGACAGAAACCAGGGUGUAUGUAAUGAACUUAGUCUUUGCAGAUUUCUCUGUCAUCUGCACCCUGCCUUCCAUGGUUUAUCUGCUCUGGAACAAGUCAGCCCGAGGGGAGCUCUGCCAGUUUACAGAGAUAAUGUAUUUUAUCAACAUGUUAGUGAGCAUCUACAUCAUUUCAUUCAUCUCCAUCGAUCGAUACAUUGCCAUAAAGCACCCUUUGAAAGCCAGGACCUUCAGGUCCCCGUCAAAGGCUGCCCUCCUCUGUGGGCUUCUGUGGGUUUUGGUGAUAAUCGGUGCCACCAUCCAGCUCUGGCAGAGACACGCAGCUCUCUGCUUCCAGACCUACACCCCCACACCUGCUGCUCUCAGCCUGCUGGCCAUUUUCUUCGUUUGCACUCUCCCAUUAGCAAUCUUGACCUUCUGCUCCACAGAAGUCAUCAGGAACCUGAAGAAACAUCUGAACACAAAUUCACCGGAGGAGAAAUCAAUCCAGAAAGCCGUACACAUUGUUUAUGCAAAUCUGAUUGUAUUUCUGAUAAGUUUUCUGCCAGCCUACCUUGGGCUAUUCGCCAGGUUCAUCAUGGAGAAUGUUGGAGCUACCUGUUUCCAGCUCUGUGUCAUGAAGAACUUCUCCUCCAUGAUGAGGUGCAUUGCCACAUCCAACUGCUGCCUCGAUAGUGUCUGCUACUACUUUGUCACCAGGGAGUUCCAUGAAGCCUUUCUACAGCCCAAAGCCAGCACUCAGAAAACAGAUGCAACCCACCCCUUGCAGAUACAGCCUUGCUAA